UGCAAAGGGAUACAUUGAAAGGAAGCGUUCAGCGCAAACCCGGCAUCUGGCUCUGAGUUGACCUCUUAGUAUCCGGCCUAGAAUCCAGAGAAUUAAGAGGCAUAAGACAAUCAGGAACCAGAAGUCUCUGGAAACACAUGCAGACUGCAAGCCUUCUCAUCCUGGUAAAGGAAAGGACGUCAAACAGGCCAGUAAAUCUGCUGGUGGAAGAAAUAGAGAUUUUCUAUGCACUAAAAGUAUGGGUGUUAAAGGCUUAUAUACGUUUGUGGUCACUGCCUGUCCGGAUGUAUGUAUAGUGAUAAAUCUGAAAGAUGUGGCUGAAAACCAUUGUGGAACUCAUCCUGGAUCUGUUCCUGUCCUUGUAGUAGAUGCUAUGUCUUGUCUUCGACACUGGUAUACACCAGAAUCUUGGGUCUGUGGGGGCCAAUGGCGUGAAUAUCGUUCCAAUUUGGACAGUUUCAUAAAUCACUUUACAACCGCUGGUAUCAAACUAGUUUUCUGUUUUGAUGGCCUUGUGGAGCAAAAAAAGCGAAACGAAUGGGUCAAACGAAGGUUGAGAAAUAACAAAGAAAUAGCUAAGAUCUUUGAGUUCAUCAAAGCCAAUAAGCAGCAACCUGGAAGAGGAAUGUUCUUUAUACCAUCUGGACUGGCCACAUUUACGCGUUUUGCCUUGAAAACUCUUGGUCAAGAGGUGAUAUGUUCAUUGCAAGAAGCAGACUAUGAAAUAGCAAAUUAUGCACAAAAGAACAACUGUAUGGGAAUUCUUGGAGAAGACACAGAUUACCUGAUUUACGAUACCGUUCCUUAUUUUUCCAUUAGUAAGCUACACUUGGAUUCACUGGAAACAGUAAUGUACUCAAGACAAAAUCUCUGCCGUUGGCUUGGUCUCCGUAUCCCAGACCUUCCCCUUUUGGCUUGCCUCCUUGGCACAGACACUGUCCCAGAAAGAGCUAUGGAAGGUUUUCGGAAUCAAUGUUUAUCUUCGUACCGGGCAAAAAGGCAAAGCUGUGACAAGAAAGAUAUUAUUAUUGCUGUUGCAAAUUAUAUUUCAGCUAUUCCACAUGUUUCUGAGAGUUUGAUGGAUCUGGAAAAAAUGCUGCCUUUGGGAUCAGACCAAUUAAUAUUGCGCAAAGGAAUAGAAUCUUACUUGCUGCCUGGACAGCAUUCUCCCUGGCUUCCUUGUGACUUCACAUCUACAUUACAGUUAGCAGCAGAGCAGAAGAAAGAUUUCCCUAUUUGUUUAGAUCAGGAAAUCUUUCAGAUAGCUGAAGAACAACACAUGCGAGCUGAAAAUCAUAUGAUAUACAAUAUCCUAAGCCAUGCAGAACUUGAGUGCAGCAACACAUUGGAAGAUGAAUAUGAUACCUCCCUUCCUGGACAGGCACUUAUCUAUUGCCCUGUUCGGCAGCACAUCUAUUCCAUCCUGCUGGAGUCUGCAAAAGAUGCCAGUGGAGCUUAUCCUGUAGUCAAAGAAUGGUUUGUAUAUGCUGGAAAUUCCUUGCGGCAGCCAGACCUAGUGCAACCCAAACCACUGCCAGGUGGCAAUCCUAAUUUGAGAACACUGUGGCUCAACAGGAGUGCUGAGGCCGAGAACCAACGUCUUUGGACAUUUCUGGCAUGCUUUCAACUUCAAGAUUCAGCAGAGGAUCUCCGGGCUCUGGAAACGCCUUUCUUUGUUGUUUGUUCCUUGUUACUCUACCUUCUUUUGCAAGUGGACAGCCUCUCUUUAGAAGAUCUGCAUGCAUUUAUGGCUCAGGCUCUGUGCCUCCAGGAGAAAUCAGCUGCUCAGCUUGCAGACUUGCAGCUUGCCCAAAUUGAUUCAAGAGCAGUACAGCUUGGUUCGCUGUUUGUCCGGGGCCUUGGUGUGUUGCUGAUGACCAAUAGUGCCUGUGGUUUUCCCUUUCAAAUGGAUGAUUUGAUGGCAUGGCAUGUAUUUGAUGGGAAACUUUUUCAAGAGAAAUACCACCAAGCUCAUAGAGGAUGCCCUCCAUAUCAGCUCCUAGAACACAAUGAGUUACGAUGCGCAAAGUUUCAGAAUCUGUUGGACCUGAUUUGCAAAGCAAGCAUAGCAAAUGGGAGGAAAAUCCAGAGCAGACCAAGACCAAGCAGCUUCAUGAUAAGGAAGCAUGGAAGGGGCAGAGGUUCUCACCGGAGGCUUCUGAGCAGAAAUCCAUCUCAUUCUUAUCAGCCCCAGUGCAGGGAAAGCCAGUGGAGAGAGCCUCAACAGACUAGUUCCUUCUCCGAAUUUCAGCCCUCAGGUAAAAACAAAAUUACACAAAACUGAAAUAUGUACCAAGCUACAUUUUUAAAGUUAUUUAUUUACACUUUUUUUUAAAGUUCAAGUAUGAGUCAAGUUCUUGAUUGUAACCCCUGAGAAUGUUCAAUUGAUUUUUGUACAGUGAAAAUAAUGAGUAAAUAAGAAGGGGGUUCAUUUCAUUUAAUUAUAAGGCAAAGCUAACAUUUCUACGACAGAAAUAACCACAUCAAAACAGUUAUCUUAUUCCAGCGUAUCUUUCUUUCUCACAUAUCAGCAGGAUUUCCCUGCUUAAGCAAAGACAUUCUGUGUUUGUUUUGUAUCAAAUUCUUAAGGAAUUUCACUAGCCAGCCCACCAAUUGCCUGCCUUCUCUUGUCCUAAUUUGUUCCUCAGUUCAGUAAAGCUUUUUGUCCAGAAUCUCUGUUGAAUGGUUCUUGGACAUACUUGAAAGUGAGCUCUGAAUUGCAGUAAAGGCGGUUCCCACUCUCAAGCUUGAGUUUUCUUCAGUUUUUCAAUGGGACAAUUAAAAUAUCACACUUAAUUGUCUGCAAUUUGGCUCUGUAAUUGUCUGUAGUUGGCAGCCUUAUAUUAGUCCUCUUAAAACAUCAAGCUUAGAGCAUCUGUUAAUUUAUCAGCUGAAAUGACAAAAGUGUGAUUUACCAUUUUAAACAACGGGCUGAUCAAGUCUUCUCUCUCUCUCUCUCUCUCUCUCUCUAUCUCACACACACACACUCACACACACACUUCUUAGCUGCUUUAUGGGUUGAGAGAGAGGUGCAAUGGCAGAAAAUGAUACUAGUGAAAAUAUUUUUUUAUAGUAACAUUAGGAAGGCUUUUUAAUGGGUAUAACUUUUUAGCUUAACCUGCCUUCAAACUCCUUGGAAGACUAGUAGAAUUCAUCUGGGACUUCCUAACUACUUUAUCACACUCAAAUCAUUCUGAAGACAGAUUAUCCCUCCGUAAUAUUUUCGAUAGACAUUUAUCUUACUUUUUGAAACAAAGGCCAUAAUGAUGAUUCCAAGAGUUGGAGUACCAGUAUACUUAGGUGGCCCCAGAAUGGAGAAGGGUGAUCUAGAGCAGCGACUCUCAACCUUUUGGGCACCACGGACUGGUCUGUGGAGAGAGGUUUUUCCACGGACCAGAGGGUGUGUGGUUUCACGUACUAUACACCAGGGGUGAGGUUUUGCUUGUUUGCAAGGCCCAAUUUUUAGCACGCUGCGGCCCGGUGAAAGUCCACCGACCAGGGUUUGGUCUACAGACUUGCUGGGUAAGAGAGAAACUAUAUGUGGAAUAUUGGCUUUUUUGUUUGUUAUGUUACUUCCUCAAUCCCUUUCUCCUCCUCUCUCUAAAAAUGAACAUCCUUUUCUCAGACUAUAGAUCACAUUAUCCAUGAUAAAAUCUACAAUCUGUCCUUCCAGGUUUCCCCCCCACACACACACACUCAUGUCAUUAUAGUUCUAAGAUGUUUUGUGAGUGAAGGGAAGGCUUUCAGUUACAUAUGAGUUAAAAUAGCAAGAACUGAAACACAAAGAUUACAUCAGUCAAGAAUAGACAUCACUCUGAGCAUUUUGAGGGACUAUCAUUUUCUAAAAGAAAUAAAUAGUAUUUGCAAUAUUCUUUAGAACGUUUUUUCAUUUCUUCAAUGUUUGAAGAAUACAAAAUAUUUCUGUCAAUAUCAAUAUGGUUAUAGUGCAGUACUGCAGGCUACUUCUGCCAACU